AUGGCAGCAGUAGCAAGAAGAUCGGAGACGGUGGGAGAAGAGGUGGAGACCACUAAGUCGUCCACCGCACGCCCUAAUCGGAGAUGUACCUCAAGAAGGCAUUGUGGACCGACGGACUGUGGUCUUCGUAGCCUCCUCAAGUCCCUUCGCUCCAUCGCCGAGUCCAAUUCUACGAUUGAGCUUUUCUGCCAGACUCAGUCCGUGCCCGACCUUCAAGUGGUUCCAGUACUAUUUCAACAGUCAUUAAAAGAAUCAGAGGAUGAUCCUGUGGUAAAUUUGGACCAUAUCUUUGGAGUGGAACCUUUGAAGAUCGCUAGUCCUUCAACCGAUGCUGAAGUUGCCCUUGCACUACGAGUUCUGGAAGGUUGUUGUCUUCUUCACAGAGGGAGCACUGCUUUAGCCCAUCAGCACAAGGCAAUUCCGGUUUUGAUGAAUAUAUUAUCAAUUCGUGGAGUACUCGAACAAGGUGCAUGCUUAGAUGCUUUAAUUUCAGUAAUGUUGGAUUCGUCGGCCAAUCAAAUGGAUUUUGAGGUUUGUAACGGUAUUGAGGAAGUUGCAGUGCUCAUAAGGGACAAACAAAUAGACGAAAACCUCAGGUUGAAAUGUGGUGAGUUCUUACUGCUGCUUAUUGGACAUGUAAAUGGGAGGGGAAAGCCUCCUCUAGCAACCAUACAUGAAGACAUAAGGCAGCUUCUGGGAGAGAAAUCAGCCUCCUUGAUAUGGGCAGCCAGUCAAUUCGGAUCCACUCUUGAUCCAGAGCAGAGAUUAACAGCACUGCACAUCCAAGCUCGUCGGGUUCUUGAGUCGCUUGACCUGUAUUAAAUCUGGAAAUGGUAAUGUUUCUUUAGAUUCGUUGUCUGGAAUGUGGCAGAUGCAGUAGUAGUAAUAUAAAAUUUUCGGGUGGAUUUAGAAAUGUGGUGGGAAAGGGGAUGAAGUUGGAAAAUCAGGCGCUUGGUCAAGUGUGAAGAGGAAAACAGGAACAGCAUCUCUUUGUGUUGAUUCUUGAAGGAGACGUCCCUGUCUGAGGGAACAUCGUUUGGUUGGGGAUGAGAAAAAUGUGUUGAUAGUGACAGCCCAGGUUGGAUUUUGAUCUUCACAUGAAAGUUCAACCACAUUACUAAACCAGGCAUGUUCUGUUAAACCUUUUGAACAAUUCAUCAUUACUUCACACAAAAAAUUGUUUAAUGGUAGGCCAUGACUUGCCUGUCUGGUCGAUUAUCACUAUAAUGAGUCUUUUAUUGAUUGUUUAAUUAAUAGAAUAGUUCUUAAAUGAUCGUUGUCAA